GGGUUUUACUCUCGAGAUCCAGCUAGUAAGGUGGUAUAUAGCAGUAACUUCGAUCUGUUUAGCUCACCGGCGGCGAAUUGGAGAGAUACACUCGGUUGUUAUACGGCACCAGAUCCUCCCAGACCGGAGGACUUACCCGCCGCUUGUGGGGAGAUGAUGAUUGAGUACUCAAAGGAAGUGAUGAAAUUAGGUAAAUUGCUCUUUGAGCUUCUGUCAGAAGCUCUAGGGUUAAACACUAGUCACCUCAAGGACAUGGAUUGCACCAACUCCUUGCUGUUGCUCGGCCAUUAUUACCCGCCAUGUCCCCAACCCGACCUUACUUUAGGUUUGACCAAACACUUCGACAACUCUUUUCUCACUAUUCUUCUUCAAGACCAUAUCGGAGGGCUUCAAGUUCUCCAUGACCAAUAUUGGGUUGAUGUUCCUCCUGUUCCCGGAGCUCUUGUUGUUAACGUUGGAGAUCUUCUUCAGCAUAUAACAAACGACAAGUUCAAAAGUGUGGAGCAUAGGGUUUUGGCGAAUGUAGCUGGACCAAGAAUUUCAGUGGCUUGUUUCUUCAGUUCGUAUUUGAUGGCGAAUCCUCGAGUUUAUGGACCCAUCAAAGAUAUUUUGUCAGAACAAAAUCCUCCCAAAUAUAGAGACACCACCAUUACGGAGUAUGCAAAGUUCUACAGAUCCAAAGGAUUCGAUGGUACCUCUGGAUUACUCUAUCUCAAGAUCUGAGAAUAUCACUUGUCUAAUAAAGGUGCUUGGGACUUUGAUUUCCUCGCUGUAAUAACUUCUUCUUUAAUAUAUCUCUGUCAAAGCCACUGGGCUAGAACUGUCACAGGCCGUUGUUUUUUCUAUCAUGUAGAGUCACUUAAAAGGAUUCUUCGAAGUUUUAAAAAGGUUUAUCUCCUGGUUAAUUAGAAAAUCAAUAUUCGUUCUA